AUGGCAUAUUCAACAACCAGCGAGCAUAAAGUCGAGCAGGAAAUAAAGCAAAUGGACCCUAUACAUUUCAUUAAUUCUCUUGUGCUUGCUGACAGUGAACAUGUACCCCAUUCCAAGGGUAAACUACCUAUGUUAGCUAGCAAUAAAAGCGAAGGGUAUGUAGAUGCUGGUAGCUUGGUUUCCUUCACUGAAAAGCUGACCGGGCAGAACAAAGCAAAUGUUUUGAACUCCACGCUCUUGGCUCAGUUAGCAGCAAGUAAGAAACAUGACCGCCAGACUGAAGCCGACAAAUGGUACAAGGAAUACACCAACGUCUUGAUGAACGUUGGAUGGGUUGUGCAAGAAAUGGAGCCAGAGUUUACCGAGUAUAUAUCAAAGCAAGAGUCAUUUGAAAUUUCGAAAGUGGUGGUCGAGUUGCUGCAGUCAUUGGUUGGUGACGAGGAACCGCUCCUAAUAAGCACGCUAAAGAAAACAAUUGACGCUCUGAAGAAUUCAAGUUCAGAGACUAUCAAGUUGUUUGAUUCAAAUAGCAGUUCUGCAAAGUCUGCUAAUUUUCAAAUUCUUUCCUGCACUGUAAACAAAACUAGCCAGGUAAACGUUGCUUUCGUCGGUUCGUAUUUUAAAGCGGCAAUGGUCGGAGACGACUAUCUAUUUGUCACCUACAAAGAUUCUGAUAUCAAGUUGAAUAAAUCGACUGAUGCCUUCACACUCGAUGAGGAGGUGUACGGAAAG